GUUUAACCCAGCAGGCUCAUAAAGCAGCUCCAGGACAGUGAACCUUUGGAGUUUGAUAUGAUGUAAUUACCGAAUCACCCCAGUGACACGUUUCAAAAUCACUAGAAUGAAGGACUGAGUCUUCCGGGUGGUGAUCUCUGAAAUUGCUCAGUGAGCACCCCUAAUUUCGCUGAUUUACUGCUGACAAUCGCUCACAAUGGAAUCUAAUCAAAAAUCUGGGGAUGGACUGACGGGCAUGCAGAAAGAGGCCGCGCUGCGUGCGCUCAUUCAGCGCACAGGAUACCAAUUACUGCAGGAGAAUGGUCAGAGGAGGUACGGCGGGCCCCCUCCAGGCUGGGAAGGCCCUCCCCCAGAGAGGGGCAGUGAGAUUUUUGUGGGGAAGCUGCCAAGAGACCUCUUUGAGGAUGAGCUGGUCCCCCACUGUGAGAAAUUUGGGAAAAUCUUUGAGGUUCGGAUGAUGAUGGACUUCAACGGCAAUAAUAGAGGAUAUGCCUUCGUUACCUUUUACAACAAAAAUGAAGCCAAGACUGCCAUGAAACAGCUCAAUAACUAUGAAAUCAGGAACGGAAGGCUCCUGGGAGUGUGUGCCAGUGUGGACAACUGUCGUCUGUUUGUGGGGGGCAUCCCCAAAUCCAAGAAGAGAGAGGAGAUCCUGAUGGAGAUGAAGAAAGUAACAGAUGGGGUGUUGGAGGUGAUUGUUUACCCCAGUGCUGCGGACAAGACCAAGAACAGGGGCUUCGCCUUUGUGGAGUACGACAGUCACCGCGCUGCAGCCAUGGCCAGGAGGAAACUACUGCCAGGGAGGAUCCUGCUGUGGGGGCACGCCAUCGCCGUGGACUGGGCGGAGCCUGAAGUGGAAGUGGACGAGGACACCAUGGCAACGGUGAAGAUUCUCUACGUGAGGAACUUAAUGCUGGCCACUACAGAAGAGACCAUCGAGAAGGAGUUCAACAGUAUCAAACCAGGUGCUGUAGAGAGAGUGAAGAAGAUCAGAGACUAUGCCUUUGUCCAUUUCACCCAGAGAGAGGACGCGAUAAGCGCCAUGGACGCACUGAAUGGAAAGCUGGUGGAUGGCUCUCCCGUGGAGGUGACCCUGGCAAAGCCGGUGGAUAAGGACAACUACGUGCGCUACACCCGGGGUACAGGUGGCCGCGGUGGGGCCGUGCUCCAGGGGGAGUACACCUACACACUGGGCCAGGUGUAUGACCCCUCAGCAGCCUACCUGGGUGCCCCCGUGUUCUACGCCCCCCAGAUGUAUGCUGCCAUUCCUAAUCAGUUCCGCUUCCCCAUUGCCAAGGGGCUUGUGGGGGGCCGUGGCCUGGUGCGCACGCCCUCAGUCAGAGAAAUUUACAUGAAUGUACCUGUAGGGGCAGCGGGCAUACGCGGGAUGGGUGGUCGCGGAUACCUUGCCUACGCAGGUUUAGGCCGAGGCUGUGCCACCUACCAGCUAAAGACAGACAAGCACCCCGAGGACAAGCUCUUUGACCUGCUGCCAGGCAUGGAACUCACGCCCAUGAACCCUGUGAAGCCUCCCGGUAUCAAACACACACCACAGAUCUUGGAGGAUGUGUGUCAGAAGAAUAACUGGGGGCAGCCAGUUUAUCAGCUUCACUCUGCCAUCGGACCUGAUCAAAGCCAACUGUUCCUCUACAAAGUCACCAUUCCGGCUCUGUCCACCCAAUACCCUAAUGUGCAUCCGUUCACCCCAGCCAAGCUGUGUACAUCUGUGGAUGAGGCCAAGGUUCAUGCUGCGGAGCACGCCCUGCAUACCCUGGGUCUGCAGACAGAAGGAGCUGAGGCCUCCACUGCAGCCGUUGCUGCAUUCCCAGGUUACACAAUAGCGAACACCUCAGCCUCAGUAGCUGCCUCCCAGCUCAAACAGGCCGUCUCCCUGCACCAGGACAUGGCAGCAUACACUACCUACGAAGGCUAUCCCGCCUUCACCGUGGCAACCCGUGGAGACGGUUAUGGAGUGUACUAGGGCCAUCCUGGAACGUCAUCCCAUUUACCAGCAUUCAUUCGUAGUUCAGACUAUAUAAAACUACACUGAACAAAAAUAUAAAUUCAACAUGUAAAAGAUCCCAGAAAUGUUUCAUACGCACAACAUGUGUUCACAUCCCUGUUAGUGAGCAUUUCUCCUUUGCCAAAAUAAUCCAUCCACCUG